GAGUGUUUAUGUAGAUGUUAUUUCAUUUGCACAAGGUUGUCGCUGGUAGAGCAUGAUAAAAAAUUUAAUCACAGGAUUAGGUUUUUAAAUAGACAUAUAUUCAGUCACUGCUUAAAUCAGAGCCUGGAGGGACUCCUAAGAGUAAGGAACAACUACCGAGCUGGCACAUUAUCAAUGAGAAUGAAGACCAUUUCUGUCUUCUAUUGUCUUUUAUAUGCUACAUGGACAGAAGGAGCCAACAUAAAUGUAGAAGGAUUCAAGGGGGGAGAUGUCUCAUUCCAUUGCUCACACAUACUGGCCUGGAAAAACAAUAAAUACAUCUGCAAGGAUCCAUGUAAAGAGACUAAAGACAUAUUGGUUACUGUAAAAUCUGGUGAAAGAGCAGAGUCAGGGAGGAUAACUGUGGUGGACUUGGGGAACGGAGUCUUCAAUGUGACCUUCAGUCAACUCAAGCUGUCAGAUUCAGGGAGAUACUGGUGUGCAGUGGAGAGGCCUGGUUUUGAUACAUUCACCGCAGUAAUCUUGACUGUAAAGGAAGUUAUUGCAAAUGAGGCAGCAACUGUCAUACCUGACGUUUCUCCCACAUGGACAUAUGAAAAUAUUUCCAACUCAACCCAAUUAACAUCUGGAAUGGACACCAAUGGGCCCACAAACCAGUCAACGGCCUCAAACUGCACUAAUGUAGGAGAACAGAGCAUUAGCACUGGCAUCGUGUUGUACGCUACCGUCGGGGGUGUUGCCAUAUUCACUGUCUUGGUGCUGACAACACGAUUCAGGAAACGCAGAGAAACCUCAAAACUUUUACCACAAGUUUGCUCCAACAGCACAGACUUCGUCAGUGCAGAUGAAAGAGAGAUGGACUGUGAGUACGAUGACAUUGGCAACGAAGUGCAGUCAAUAAGAAGAUUUUCGGAGAGGACCUCUUGCGGGCACCACCCUCAACAGGAUCCACCAACAUCUGCAUCAACAGAAGCCAAAUCUAGCGUACCCCUUCAUAUCUAUGAAAACAUCUGCUGCUCCAGAGGUACUGCAGGUUCCAGCCAUGAUGUCACCUCAGGGAUCAACAACAAGCCGUUGCCACCUAUAAUAUCUGAAAGAACCAGUGAUGGCAAACACAAAAAUAAACAUAAAGCAAUGGGAAACGCUACAAGCAAACCUAUAGAGAGCUGUACAAGCAACAUGUCAGCUAGUCAGUCCAAAUCCUGCAGUGAUUCCACUGAAUCAAGGCCCAGAUCAAUUUGGUUUGGUUUAGAUUUAUCAGGAACAGUCUGAGUUAAUCUCAAAGAUAUGAUUGCUAUGAUUUUUAUGGACAUUGUUGGGCAGCUGAACUGUACGCCCUACUCUACUGAGGAGUGCAGACAUGUUCUGCCUUUCUUUUGAUCCAGAUUCAUUAUUGUCUGUUUGCCUACAGAGAGGCACUUUGAACAGUUAGAAGAAAACAGAGGAAUAUUUCGUUGUAGUCGUUGCUUGUCAGAGUUACUGUACACAUUACUUUAAAUGUUUCUGAAAUUGUUUUCUUAUGCUUCACUUAAUAGUUAAGCAGAGAUAGGAAGGAAAAAUGAAGGUGAAGGUGAUGGCAGUCCAAGAUCAGCGUGUACGCAAUAACAGGAAUACCUUACAAUAUAAUGAAAUCUGAUACUGUAACCUUAUAUUAAUAUCUAUCUUUGUUAAGCUUAAAAUGUUCAGUUUUUUCUGAAACUGCUAAUGCUGAGAGACUCUUUUAAGAUUUCAACUGUAACAUGACUGUUUGUGCAUCGGAUUGCAUUCUGUGGCAAGGUGUUUGUUUUGUAAAGCACGUUGAGCUGCAUUUUACUUAUGAAAGUUGCUUAAUAAAAGCUAUUAUUACUUUCAUUAUUAAGAAACCUCUCUAACACAGUCAUCAUUGUAUGCUUCACAGGAGUGGUACUUGUUGUACUGCUAAUACUGCCUUAGAAACACAGAGAACAGUAGUUACAGUAACAGUGGAGUUGAGAAAAAGGGGGUUUGAACUUUGAAGGCUCUUAACCAAACUAUGUAACAUAAAUAAAUUGUAAAGCCUUAACUUUAUGCCAUUUUAGGCUGAUUAUUAAUCAUUGUAACAGACUUAAUUUAAAAUAUACAUUUAGAUGCUGAAC